AUGGUCUACAACUUCUACAUUGUUAUAUCACAAAAGAUAUCAACAAAAACAGCUUCAGAAUUUAUCAACGUAUGUAAAUAUAACUUCUUAUUCCCUAAAAGAAGCUGCAUAAGGGGUGAUUACGUGAAGCUGUUUUUGCACUUGGAGGGCGGCGAAGUGAACGAGUACACCCCGUGGGCGGCGAUGCUGUGCGGCGGUCUCGGCGAUAUUCCCACGGUGCUUUACUCUUCCGGUCCUGGCCUGGUGCUAGAGUUCCACUCCGGUUCGAAGACAACAAACGCCACGGGAUUCUCCGGGACAUUCCGGUUUAUCGAUAGACGGCUUUUCCGAACAGACGGACAGAAGUUGACUGGGACUAUGUGCGAUUACCAGUUCAGCAGUUCUGAUUAUACGCCGAGCCACGGGAAAUUCUAUUCGCCAAGAUAUCCUUCGAGUUACCCGAAGAAUAUCCGCUGCUCCUACCGCUUCAGAGCCAGGCAGAAGGAGCGGAUCCGGAUCGUGUUCGAAAAAGUGACCUUACAGAAGGGCGACCUUAG